AUGCUUUCUUUAUUCAGAUGUGCAGUUACCAGGGCACCACAUAUUGCAUCUAAGGGUAUUUCUGUUCAGAUAUCCAGAAAUCUAGCCAAUUCUCUAAUAGUACAGAACAAAAGAAGACUAAAUACAAAGUCUUACUUUUUACAGGAACAGAAGAAGGAUGACAAAAAAGCUCAAUCCAUAUUGACUGACGACCUGCUUUUCAAAGCUGGUAUUGAUGUAGAGGAAGGUAAGAAGGAAGGGCAACAAAAGCAACAUGAAACAGAAGAAGGUAAUGAAGAGCAACAAUCUGAAAAUUCCAGCAAUAAAAAAAGGAAAAGAAGGAUGACUUCUGCCGACAAGAAGAAAGAAAGAUAUGCUAAUUACUUUUACAUUUUCACUUUUUCAUCAUUAGCUGGUCUUGGCCUAUACAUGUGCAGAGACUGGGAGGAGAAUGAGGAUGAUGAAAUGAAAAAAGAUAUCGACAAUGGCUAUACACCUGACCUGAUGUACAAAAGAUUUAGAGCUAGAUUUAAUUCCGUUUUUACUUACUUCCAGGAGCCACCUUUUCCUGAUCUGUUACCUCCUCCACCACCAGCUCCAUAUCAAAGACCACUAACAUUGGUUAUUACUUUGGAAGACUUUUUGGUUCACUCUGAAUGGGAUCAAAAACACGGUUGGAGAACUGCUAAGAGACCAGGUGCUGAUUAUUUCCUUGGUUACCUAUCUCAAUAUUAUGAAAUUGUUCUGUUUUCUUCCAACUACAUGAUGUAUGCCGAAAAAAUUGCAGAGAAAAUGGACCCUAUUCAUGCUUUCAUAUCUUACAAUCUAUUCAAAGAACAUUGUGUAUACAAGGAUGGUGUCCAUAUUAAAGACUUAUCAAAACUGAACAGAGACUUAAAGAAAGUUAUGAUUAUUGACACCGAUGAAAACAGUUACAAAUUGCAACCUGAGAAUGCUAUCCCUAUGGACCCUUGGGACGGUAAAGCUGAUGACAAACUUUUGAGAUUAAUCCCAUUUUUAGAAUACAUGGCAACUCAACAAGUUGAAGAUGUAAGACCUAUUUUGAAGAGCUACCAUAAUAAGAGAGAACUUCCUGCUGAAUUUGAACAAAGAGUUCAAAAGUUGAAAAAUAAAUUUGAACAAGACCAGAAGAAGAAAAAUGAUAGCAAUUGGUUAUUAAAAUUGCUUGGCCUUGCUCCAGUAAUUAACGGUAUUGGUGGAGGCAACAAGUUCCCUCUAGAUAUGAUCAGAGAAGAAGGUGAAAAGAACUAUGUUAGAUUCAUGAAGUUGAUUGAAGAGGAGAAGGAAAAAAUGCGUAUCCAACAAGAACAAAUGAGUGGUCAAACUUUUACUCUAAAGGAUUAUGUUGAAGGUAAUAUUCCUACCCCAGAGGAACAGAUGAAGAUGCAACUUGAAAAGCAGAAAGAAAUUGACGCUCUCUUUGAACAAAAGAAAAAGGAACAACAAGCCAACAAAUAA